CUGUUUCCUUCGCCUUCUUGGCUUCUUCUUUAUUCCUCCUUCUCUGCUACUGAAGAAUCAAACUCCACUGGAUCACAUUCACAAACCCAAGAACCCCAUCUUCCAAGAUGAUGAAAGCCGUAGGUAUCUUCAGCCGCAAGAAAGCCUCUCGACCUUUGAAGGACUACUACGCCCAAUGGAUUGCCGCCCUCAAGAACACCCUCCUUCCCAUCCUCCGCCGCUCAAUGCUGGUGUCGCCGCCCGCUCUGCUCACCUCCCACGUCGAGAUGCUCCACCACCACUUCCUCGCCUACUACGAAGCUCUCGACCUCGCCGCCUCCGACGAUGUUGCUCAGCUCCUCUACCCCGAGUGGCGCAACUCACUCGAAAGGCCCUUCCUCUGGCUCGGCGACUUCCAUCCGUAUCUUUUCACCAACCUCCUCCGAUCAUUUCUCGACGACGACGACGUCAGCGACCUUGAAAUUGGGGGAAAUUCCGAAUUCUUCAAUAAACCAUGGCAAAUUGCAAUGGCAUGGGAAAACCCUUCUGAAACCCUAACGAACAGGGUCGAGCAAAUCGAGUGCGGGUUGAGACUGAUGGUUCCAGCGCUGAUGGUGCGCGCGUGGGACGCGCAAGCAGGGCUUAUCGAUCGUUUAGCGGUUGAUUGGGUGAAGUAUGAAGGUAAGAAGGAGGGGGCGAAAGAGGCACUAGGGGAGGCCAUGGAAGCUCAAACGGAGGAGAUGAUUGGGGUUUUCGCGGACGCAAAUAGGCUUCGGAGGAGUGUUCUUGCAGACAUAUUGAGCGCCACCAAUGUUUUUCAGGCGGCUCUGUUCUUGGAAGGGCUAGCCCAAUUUCUUGUUGGGUUCAGGGAUCCUGAAUUACUCAGUGAGUUUGAGCAGUGCAAAAUGCCUCUCACCUGAGAAAUCCAUGUUGUGGUUUUGAUUCUUCUUUUGUUCUUUUCUUGCUGGGCAAAGAUGGGUUUUUGCCAAAUGGUUUCUCUGUGAUUUUCUUUCUGUGCUGUGGGCUUCCCUUUGUAUGUAUUGAAGAAGAAAGGUUUGGGAGUGUGGAGCUUUUGGGGGAAGUCUUUUCACAAUGCCCAGUUUAAUUCCAUUCCCAAAUUGGUCCAAUUAAGGUUCUUUAUUACUUUAUGUUCUCAUCAUCAGUUUUGCUGUUCUCUUGAAUUUGUCCUGGUGUAUUCUUUUUGGGAGGGUUGCAAUUUCAUGUUUUGCAAUGAUUAUGAAGACAAUUUUUCUUAGUCUGGGUAUUCUGAUUAUAGUUCCCCAUUAAGGAUUGCUAAAAGCAUAAAACUUGUAAAGUACUUGUAGAAAGUAAUAUAUGCAAAUUGUAAAAUGUUGUUGACU